CCGGGUAUCGCUUCCACAGCGCAGACGCGUCGCGGUGAUUGCAGCGCGCUGCGUUUCCGCGUUAGCAGCAGGGGGGAACGGAACACAGCGAGAUUGGCCGAAUCUAACUGGAUUACGCAGCCCGUGUUGCGAUUAAAAUGAAAAAGAAGUGAGAAGUGAAAGCCGUGUUAAGGAAAUGAGCGUGGAAUCAUCAUGUCAUUCGCUCGGUCACGAGACGGGCUCACAACUCUGACAUCAGGACGAGUACAGCACCAGUGUGCUUGUGUGGCUGUCUCCGCCGCCGUCUGUUUAUCCUCGCUCUGUUGAUGCACGUUUUGCAUUCAUUUCGCAUUCGCUGGAGGCAAUAUGAAGAAGUUUAAUAUCAGGAAGGUGCUGGACGGCUUGACUGCGGCGUCUUCCUCCUCCUCAUCCUCCAAUGCCGCGUCGGGAAACAGGGAGAAUGACAUGAUUCAGGAGACCCUGCAGUCAGAGCAUUUCCAGCUCUGCAAGACAGUGCGACAUGGCUUUCCCUAUCAACCCUCCUCCAUGGCUUUUGACCCUGUGCAGAAAAUUCUGGCUAUUGGCACACAGAGUGGAGCCCUGAGGCUAUUUGGUCAAGCAGGAGUGGAGUGUUACUGCCAGCAUGAGAGCGGAUCGGCUGUCAUCCAGCUGGAGUUUCUUGUCAAUGAAGGGGCGCUGGUUAGUGCUUUGGCAGAUGACAGUAUUCAUUUGUGGAAUCUGAGGCAAAAACUUCCAGCCAUCCUUCAUUCUCUUAAAUUUAAUCGGGAGAGGAUCACGUUUUGCCAUUUGCCCUUUCAGAGUAAAUGGCUGUACGUGGGCACGGAAAGAGGGAACAUUCACAUCGUCAAUGUGGAGUCCUUCACCCUCUCAGGCUAUGUGAUCAUGUGGAAUAAAGCCAUUGAACUUUCCUCAAAGACUCACCCUGGACCUGUUGUUCAUAUCAGCGAUAACCCUAUGGAUGAAGGGAAACUUUUAAUUGGUUUUGAGUGUGGCAUAGUUGUGCUGUGGGACUUGAAAUCAAAGAAAGCUGACUAUCGGUACAGCUAUGAUGAGGCGAUCCACUCUGUGGCUUGGCAUCACGAGGGAAAACAGUUUGUGUGCAGUCACUCGGAUGGCACACUUACCACAUGGAAUAUACGCGCUCCUGCCAAGCCUGCCCAGAUCAUUACGCCACAUGGUAAACAACCUAAGGAUGGAAAGAAGCCGGAGCCUUGCAAACCCAUCCUGAAAGUGGAGUACAAAACUACCAGGGCAGGGGACCCAUUCAUGAUACUGUGUGGAGGUUUGUCAUAUGAUACAGUGGGUAGACGAGCCUGUCUGACUGUGAUGCAUGGGAAAAGCACUGCAGUGCUGGAGAUGGACUACCCCAUAGUGGAUUUCCUUACGCUGUGUGAAACCCCAUAUCCAAACGAUUUCCAGGAGCCUUAUGCGGUUGUUGUCCUGCUGGAGAAGGAUUUGGUUCUCAUUGAUCUUGCACAAAUUGGGUAUCCGAUCUUUGAGAAUCCUUAUCCUCUGUCCAUCCACGAGUCUCCGGUGACCUGCUGCGAAUAUUUUGCGGACUGUCCAGCUGAAGUCAUUCCUGCACUCUACUCAGUGGGCUCCCGACAGAAGAGACAAGGGUUCAGUAAGAAGGAAUGGCCAAUAAAUGGAGGUAAUUGGGGCCAGGGAACACUAAGUUUCUCAGAGAUAAUCAUGACUGGGCAUGCUGAUGGAUCGAUCAAGUUUUGGGAUGCCUCAGCAUUAAUGCUGCAGGUUUUGUAUAAGCUGAAAACAGCGAAGGUGUUUGAGAAGCCCCGCAGUAAAGAGGAGAAAUCCAGCACUGAAAUUGUGGAUGAAGAUCCGUUCGCCAUCCAGAUUCUGUCCUGGUGUCCAGAGAGCCGUGUGCUCUGUGUGGCUGGAGUAUCGGCUCAUGUCAUAGUGUACAGGUUCAGCAAACAGGAAGUCACCACUGAAGUGGUUCAGCUCCUGGAAGUGCGUAUGCCUUGUGAGCCGAAUGAAGUAGAGUCUCCUGAGUGCGGAGGCGAGCAGGCGUCAGCUGUGACCACCCCAGGAACCUCAUCCAGCCCUCAGACCAGCCUUCCUCAGUCCCACCCCUCCACCAGCAGCAACAACUCAUCUGACGGCCUGCGAGAUAACGUGCCCUGUCUCAAGGUCAGGAGUUCUCCUCUCAAACAGUCUGCGGGGUACCAGGUGGAGCUGCUCAUUCAGCUGGUGUGGGUCAGUGGGGAGCCGCCACAACAGAUCACCAGCCUGGCCGUCAACUCUGCAUAUGGCCUAGUUGCUUUUGGCAGUGGUGACGGACUUGCAGUGGUUGAUUACCUUCAGAAAACUCUCAUUGUGAACGUGAGCACCGCUGAGUUGUAUGGCUCAACAGAUCCUCACCACAGACAACCACACUCACCCCGCAAAACCAGACAGCCCUCGGCAGACACUCUGCAUAAGAAGUCUUGCAUGUCCGGCCUCUCUAACUUUUAUUCUGAAUCUGUGAAAAAGCUUCGUUCUUCUUACGUCAGUCUUUGUGAUGGUAAUGAUGCGUCAGCAGCUCCAGAGGAGAAAUGCAAAUCACCAACUACAGGCUCCGGUUCACCAUGCAAUUCUGAUGAAGACAGCAAACAAAAGUUCAUUGACAAGGUGAAGUCCAAAAGCAGGAGGAUAUCCAAGACUGUUGCCAAUGACUUUGCUAAGAUAUCCCGGAAAAUUAACAUGAUUGCUGAUCAGAAAGAUGACGCCAGGGACAACUCUUUCAGCCGCUCACGCAGCUCCAGUGUGACCAGCAUCGACAGAGAGUCACGUGAGGUCAUUUCCUCCUUCAAUUUUUGUGACUGGCUGUCUAAGAAGAGUGAGAGUGUGGCCGUGCCCAGCCUGUGGGUUGGCACCUCAUUGGGCAGCAUGCUGGCCAUCGCCCUAACUGUGCCCUCCACACCAGAGCAGAGGAUGCUACAGCCUGUGGGCGUCUCUUUCUGUGGUCCAGUAGUGCGCUUGAAGGGAGGCAUUUUGCGCAUGGCCCAGCUGGAUGCCAGUGGGACACUUCUGCCCCAUGUUUAUGAGUCUUGGUAUGAGCCCAACGCUCCUGAGGAGGAGAGAGAACAGCCACGGAGACGCCGGCCCACCUCACCUUCUUCAUCUCAGGAGAACCCGGACUGUCAGUAUGCCGUGGUCUGCUCAGAGAAACAGGCUAAGGUGCUGGCGCUGCCCUCCCAAAACUGUGUCUAUGAACACAACAUCACAGAGUCCUCCUUCGUACUUCGAGCCGACGUGGUGACAUUGACCUCAGGGGUCGGCAUCGCCUGUUUCUGUGCCAAUGGCCACAUUAUGACCCUCAGUUUACCCAGUCUGCGUCCACUGCUAGAUGUAAACUACCUUCCCCUGACGGACAUGAGGAUAGCCAGGACCUUCUGUUUCUCAAACCAAGGCCAAGCCCUGUACCUCACAUCACCCACUGAGAUCCAAAGAAUCACCUAUAUCCAGGAAACCUGUGAUAACCUGCAGGAGAUGCUUGGAGAGCUGUUUACUCCGGUGGAGACACCAGAGGCUCCGAACCGAGGCUUCUUCAAGGGCUUAUUUGGAGGCGGGGCUCAGUCUUUAGACAGAGAGGACCUGUUCGGAGAGGUGUCUGCUGGUAAAGCUUCACGCAGCCUGGCGCAGCACAUCCCGGGUCCAGGUGGUAUGGAGGGCAUGAAGGGGGCUGCGUCUGGUGUGGUGGGAGAACUGGCACGGGCGAGGAUAGCUCUGGACGAGAGAGGACAGAAACUAGGCGAGCUGGAGGAGAGGACAGCAGCCAUGAUGGCCAGCGGAGAAUCCUUCUCUAAACACGCGCAUGAUAUAAUGCUGAAAUACAAGGACAAGAAAUGGUACCAGCUCUGAGGUCAGCGCACCUUCCUAUGAAGACAGCAGAUCCAUCAUCUCUCCUCCGUCUCCUUUCUCUUCCUGUAUCUUUCUCUUUCUGUGAUGUCCAGAUACCGCACAACACCACGAGGCAUUACCUCGAGCUGCGGAGAGACAGAGGAGACAGGAGGGGAAGGAACAGGACAGGUGAAACACAUCAGGAUGGGGUUUCCUUCCCUUCUUGGUGGUAGUUGAGUUUCCUCUCCUGAUCUUGUCUUGGGAGAGGAGGCCCUUCACCGGUGCUGCCCCGUCUUAUACCUUCAUCUGCCACGUUGUCAUUUUCACUGCCAUUCUGUCUGCAAAGAAACCAGAGAAAGGACAUUUUGGGAAAUGAAUGAAAUGGGUCAGAAGGACAUAGAGCUGACAAAAGAAAGUCUAACGUGCAGCAUUGCCAAGCUUAAUGCUUUUGAUAAUCUGUCACUAGAGCAAGAAAAGAUUGCAUGUCUAGUGAUAUAAUUUAGUAAAUUAGUGCUUUUAUUUGUAGGGAUGAAUCUCAUCUAAGUAAUAUUUCACCCCCAAAUCAAUAUUUUGCAAAAAGAAAUCUUAUUUUUUAGGAGGCAGGUGUGUUCUUUAAGCAAAAAUAUCACAUACUUUUUUUUAGGUUGAAGCAUAACUAGAUGUCAUGAGAUUCACUCAGUAAUCAUGUUAGCUAUGGAAAAGGCCAGAUUGUCUUACAUAAGGUGUAAUGAAGUACCAUUUAGUUUCACCUCUAAAGGGCUGGUAGUUGCUGUAUUUACCACAUAUCAUGUGAUUAUUUUGCCAUAUAAAAAAAUUGGAGACAGGUCUGGGUUGUGAAGCUGAUCUGAUCAUGCAUAAUUUUGUUGUUUCGUCUAAAGGACGUAUUAGUUUACACAGAUCAGGUCUCAAAAGAGCUUUUACGGAGGAUCUCUGACUUUGACGUACUCUAUACGCUGUUUCGAUACUGGAGAAAGAUGUUCCUUUUAAAUAAAUAAAUAUAUAUAAUAUUUGUGUUGGUGAAUCUCACAAAAAAAAAUGUCUAGCUCAUAUUUAACACCAAUAUCAAAAUCAUUUAUUUAAAUUGAAAUAGUACAAAUACCACCAUGAUAUAUGAGUAUUUAUCGAUUUAAACGCACACACAUUAACUUUUUGGUAAAUUUAAGAAAUAAUGAUCCCUUUUUUUGUUGCAUUACAUAAUAAAAAUGUGCCUAAUUAAUUACAGUGCAAAAAAUUGCUUUCAGUUUCUGUAAACAAAUUAGCUCUUCUAAUUUGUCAGAUUUUGGGGGUGAAAUAUGACCCAGACAUGCAUUUAAAAGGUUUCACCCGGGUGCAUAUAUGCGGAGUUGUGCUGGUUAUCUACAAACAGAGAUCUGAAGGGUAUAAAUUAUCUUUGGCUAUUUUGGUCAGGUUAUUAUAAUGGAGCACCAGUAAGCGUUGGGAAGUGUGAGGCAUGAUCUUGAUUAUGUGCCUUGUGAUGAUUGACAUGUCUCCGGAUACGAGGGACACCGGUGGAAUGUGCCGAGAGUACUGAUACUUCAUAUGCAAAACAGGUUUCUCCUCCUUAUUUCCCAUAAUGCAACUGCUCCUGGACAAGAACAUCUUGAGGCUUAUUCGAGACUCGGUGCAGCACCAGGUGACUUCCUCAUCUGUAUUUUCUAAGAAGCCUUUUCGGAUGGAGUAAUGCAUGAGUUUGUCAUCCUCACAGAGAGGUGAUUAUAUCUGUUUGUGUGUUUGUUGCUGCAGUGGAGGCCACCACUAAAUGUUCAAUGCAGCUCCAUGCUCUCAAUCAGCAGCCCUCAGAUUUGUCAUCCAGAGGGCGUUACCUUCUGCCUUCGCUUUAGGACCCAUGAAUAUAUGCUAACCUCGACUCUUGUGUGUAUACAUGUGUUCGUGAACAUACAUGUAUGCGAGAAUAUGUGUAUGCUCACGUUUAUAUAAACUAAAGAUACAAUAUAUUUGAAAGCUUAUGUUGAGAUGUUUUCUUUAAGUGUGUUUUCUUAUUUAUGAGGUUCAAGAAAUUGCUGCUAUUUGUGUUUAAAAUUAGGAGCAUCUGUCAAAUAUGUUGACGCUUGUUAUUUUUCUAUCAGACGUAUGAAAGAAUCAGUUCUCCCAGAAAUGAAGAUUUGCUGAAAGCGUACUCCUCCUCAGGCCAUCCAAGAUGUAGAUGAGUUUGUUUCAUCAUGGGGGGACAGAUUUGGAGAAAUGUAGCAUUGCAUCACCAAUGUAUCUCUGCAGUGAAUGGGUGCCGUCAGAAAGAGUGUCCAAACUUCUGAUAAAAACAUCACAAUAAUCCACAUCACUCAAGUCCAUCAGUUAAUGUUUUUCUGAAGCAAAAAGCUGCAUGUUUGUAAGAAACAAAUGCAUCUUUAAAGCGUUUAAACCAUCCCAUACUCCAUAAUAACGUUUCCUUCAGUUAAAAAGUUCAUCCCCUGUUGUUCUCUCGCUUCAAAUUCCACUGAUAUAUUUGUCUACAACUGUUCUGAACUUUCACUUGUAAAUGGUGCUUGAUCUGUGCAUAUUUCUCUCCUGAUUCAGAAAAGACUAUGUAUUUAUUUUUUAUUUUUACUGGAAAAGGGAAAUUACAGACUCGUACUUUAGCCAGAAGAAUGGAUUUGUUUCUUACAAACAUAGUUUUUCGCUUCACAAGAUACUAACUGAUGGAGUGGAUUAUUGUGCCGUUUUUAUCAGCUGUUUUGACUCUCAUUCUGACGGCACCCAUUCACUACAGAAAAUCCUUUGGUGAGCAAGUGAUGGAAUUUCUCCAAAAAUAUGUUUCCAUGUAGAAACAAAGUCCUGAACAAGGCCUGAAGAUGUGUACUUUUUCUCAUUUUUCUUUUCUCAUUUAUGGGUGAACUAUUCCAUGAAGGCUUUUCUGUUGUUGUUUUGAUGUUGUUGUUGUUCUUCAAAUUGCUGCCAAAUGAUGUAAAUAUUAAUAUUGAAGACAAACUUGAGAGUGUGGAUGCAGUCAGAGUUUCUGAAUAUAGUGGCCAUGAUCUGACUAGACUCCAAAGAGUUGCUUUGCUGUGAAAGUUGAUCUCACAAUUUAAAACAUAAGUGUCAUGGCAUCUCCACAUAUAUAAAGAUAGAAAUAUAGCAAACUACUCCUUCUAUUGCCAUUGUGUUUGUGUAAAUACCUACCAAAAUUGCAAUUUUCAAUGUUUUACCAACUGAAAAUCUAAUCCAGCUUCUCUGCUUCAUAUAUAUAUAUAUAUAUAUAUUUUUUUCUUUCUAUGAGCAGUUGUGUGGUUUUGCAUUAUAUGCUUUAUAUUAUAACGACAAGUCAUUUUAUUAUCAAUAUUUUUGUAUUUGGCAUUGUUCUUUAUUUUGGAUAUUGUGUUUGUUUAAAAAGGACCAAAAUUAGACAGAUGUUAGUGUAAAUGUGGCCCACGCUCUCAGAUUUGUCCUCAUUGACAGUUUAAUGAUAUUCUAAUAUAUUUAUACAUCUGAAAUAUAUAUAUAUAAUUUACCUUUAAUUUACAAAUACAAAAGGAUGCAUUUUGAGAUAAAUGUGUUGUGUGUAUAUAUUCUCAUGAAACCUUUUCUUGUGUGCUAUCUGUUUGGUCGUCUGUCGUAGAGGGAAAGUGGAGAGUCUCUGAAAUCACUGGCCAUCUCUGUGUCAUGUUCGUCCUCGGAUUUCUCUUGCACAAAAGGCAGCAUGAUAUUGUGUUUACAAACUUGAAACAUCCAUCUACAUUAUAUUUUGGCUCUUUUUCUUUAGUCCUGCUAGUCAGAUGUGUGUAAAGGAACAAAUCACAAGUAUUUACUCUCUGUAUUAUUGAUUAUUUUUCUUUCUUUCUCAUAGUAUACUCACAGAAUUGUUAUUUGAGUUUCCCUGAACAUCAUAGCUGUACUCAGUUAAAAAAAAAAAAAAAAAACUCUUCUGCAAAGGGUUGGUUUUUGGGAUGACUCUACAUGGGGUUGCAGGCUUUCUCAUCACAACCGAGAUACUGUACAGUUUUAUUAUUCAGACUCACAUGAAUAAUUGUCUUUAUCUGCUGCCACCCAACAGUUUAGAUAACAUGUUUAUAGACAUAACUGUGCAAUGGAAAAUAAAUGUAACGGAAAGAUUUC